CUUUCCUGAUCCUUGUUCCCCUCCUCAAUCGCAUGCACUCUUCAAGUGCGUACUCUGCAGACUGUCAAAAUGUCCAUCAAAAGGGCGUUAUCCAAAAUUAAACCGAAGCUGGAAGAGAAUCUCCCGUCCCCUUCAAGCUCCCGGCAAGGCUCGUCAUCUCGAACAUCGUCGCCUCGUCGAAAUAUUCUGAGCAGUUUUCUGCGCGAUCGGGACUCUGCAUCAUCUUCCGAUGAUAUCUCAGACGAUGCCUCUGGUGCAGGUAGCGUCAGUAAGAAUCAACAGAAGCGGCUCGCUCGCCGCCAGCGGAAGAGCGAGCAGCGUUCUCGAAUGAGCGAGGAUAUUGGCGGCUCCUCCGAGUCUGAGCGUCGUCACAAAGAAGAGAUCGACCAGGCCAUCCGGGAGGAGACUCCAGAGAUGCGGGCACGGUAUGGCGAACUUCCGCUGCUCCAGUCGUCGACUCGAAAGCGAGAGAAACGGCUCGACUUUGACACCAUCUCGGCGGAUAUGGUCGGUCAGCAGGUGUUCUUCCAGGCAAGACUGCAUAUUAUCCGUCGUAUGAGUGCAAAGCUGGUUUUCCUGGUCUUUCGGCAACAAUUGUCGACUUUCCAGGGUGUUCUGCACGAGGAACCCGGCGCCAAGUCUAUUGCCAUGAUUCAAUGGGCUGAGCAUCUGAAGACGGGCUGCAUUGUUCAGGUCCGCGGCACAAUCAAGGCUCCCGAUGUCCCUGUCUUGGGAUGUACGGUGCACGAUGUCGAAGUAGAUAUUGACGAGGUCCACCUUGUUGUACGUCGUGAAGACCCGGUUCCUUUCAGUGUCUAUGAGGCAGAGAUCCGCACUGCCGAGGAAGAUCUCGUCGAAGGUCGUCGCAGCCAUAUUUCAGACCGCACCCGUCUGACAAACCGAUUGCUCGACUUGCGCACUCCUACCUCCCAGUCCAUCUUCCGCAUCCAGUCCGCUGUUUGCAACCUCUUCCGGUCCGCUCUGGACGAACAAAGGUUCAUUGAAAUCCACACCCCGAAGCUACAGGGAGCUGCCACCGAGUCUGGUGCUAGCGUCUUCGAUGUGAACUACUUCGGCCGAGAUGCUUUCCUGGCCCAGAGCCCGCAACUUGCGAAACAAAUGGCUAUUGCGGCUGACUUCGGUCGCGUAUAUGAGAUCGGUGCUGUUUUCCGUGCGGAGAAUUCCAACACGCACCGCCAUUUGACGGAGUACACUGGUCUGGAUAUCGAGAUGUCGAUCGAAGAGCACUAUCACGAAAUGCUGGAAGUGUUGGAUGCUGUGAUCAAGAAUAUUCUGAAGGGUAUCUAUACCCGUUACCGCCGAGAGAUCGAGAUCAUCAAGCACCAAUUUCCUUCGGAGGACCUUGUUUGGUUGGAUGAAACUCCAAUCAUUCGUUUCAGCGAUGGUAUUAAGAUGCUUAAUGAAUCUGGCUGGCGCGAUGACGAAGGCAACCCAUUAGCUGAAGACAAGGACCUUGGUACUCGAGACGAAAUCCGCCUAGGUGAGCUGGUCAAGGAGAAGUACAAGACCGAUUACUAUGUCCUCGACAAGUUCCCUGUUGAUGCACGUCCUUUCUAUGCGAUGCCGGAUCCAGAUGAUCCCCGUUUCACCAACUCCUUUGACAUGUUCAUUCGUGGCCAAGAGAUUGUCUCUGGAGGCCAGCGUAUCCAUGAUCCACAUAUGCUCGAAGAGAACAUGCGUCGGGUGGGCAUUAAUCCGGACACGAUGGAGGAGUACAUGGAAGGUUUCCGCUGGGGAGCGCCGCCGCAUGCAGGUGCUGGUAUUGGCCUGGAACGGAUGCUGAUGCUUAUCCUCAAGUUGGGUAAUAUCCGUCUUGCGUCUAUGUUCCAUCGCGAUCCCAAGAGUUUCCCUGCCAAACCUCCCGCCUUGCAGCUGCGACAUCCAGAAUCGUCUACCAUUGAGCCACCAUGGGUGAAAGAGAGGAGAGGUACCGUGGCCCAAAGUGAAAGUGAGCUACAGCCAAUCGAACAUUUAAUUGCCAAUUACGGCGAUGCCACGUCCACCUCAUGGGGCGACGAGCGGUUUAAGAUUUGGCGCGACAUGGCCACCGGUGCUGCAGUUUCCUAUGUGGUCAGCAGCAACAAUUACGUCGUCAUUCCAGGCAAUCCGUUGUGCGACGCGAGGCAGUAUGGUCGGGUCAUCUCUCAGUUCCUGCAAUGGCUACGUCGUGAAACUAAAUACAGGCCUAUCUGGCUGUUGUGCUCUCCCGAAGUUGAGACUGUUCUCGGUGAGAAGCUCGGCUGGCGCAGUUUGUCCUGUAUUGCCGAAGAGGUGGUAGAGCCUGCGCGCAACCAAGCUGCUAUGGACGGCGAACUUGCCCGGAAAAUUCGGCGCACAGAGAAUGAGGGGAUCAAGAUUGUGACUAUAAACCAGGGUGAAAUGGUGUCUGAAAGUGUCCGAGAGGCGAUAGACAAGCGAAUUGAAGACUGGAAAGCCAACCGCAAGGGAACCCAAGUGCAUCUUUCAGACAUCCACCCAUGGCGCGACCACGAACACCGCUGGUACUUCUAUGCAGUUGACAAAGAAGGAACAAUCUGUGCCUUUGUCACCUUGGUCUUGAUCUCGCCCACGUACGGCAUGCAGGUCAAAUACACCUUUGACUUCCCCGGGUCUCCAAACGGCGUUAUUGAGUCCCUCAUCACUCACGCUAUUCAAACAGCCGGCCGCUCGGGCGUAAAGAAACUCACUUUUGGCGCUGGAGCAACCAACACCUUGACCCCUGGCCACAACAUGCACGGCGCCAAGAUGAAAAUGCUUCAGCACACCUACGACGCCCUUGCGAAGCAAUUCCAUCUUGUCCGCAAGAGCGAGUUCCGCGCUAAGCUGGGUGCUGAAGAUGAACCGCUUUACAUCGCCUACCCUCCCCACGGCCUAGGUCAGAAAGGCAUUCGGGCCAUCCUGCACUUUUUCGAAGAUUAAACGGAGGAUUAGAAACUUUACGCAAUCUAAUAUACCAUCGGGCAUACCUCACUUUUGUGUUUUGCGUUGGUUUUUAGAGUAGUUUUGGUCUGGCCUCUCUCCUUUUCAUUUGUUUACCGUCAUGAUCUUUUCGAUUAUUCCCCCAUUUGUUGGCGAGAUGUCUUCCUGUUUCAGCCGGAUACAUACACCUUUCAAUGCCCAUGUCGUUACGAAUCAAUAAUACGCUGCCAUGCUUACGUAUC